AUGUCCCGUCCAACUCCAGCGUACAGGCUUCCGGGGACUCGUCGCGCUCUUGGGGCGCCAUGGCCGCUGCUCUGUGCGACUCCAGCAGGCCGUCCUCGCGCUGCAAAGGGCGCUAGCGAGUUGGCGGGCUCAGAGGCCCGGUGGGGCUUUUCCGCUCAAACACCGAUACCCAGUCCCGCCUCCAUAAUUGCCGGGCGGGCGUUGUACAUACGGUACUCGAGCCUCUCGUCUGACCGGGGGAGGGGGGCGAGCGCCAGGAAUACGACUGCUGGUCGACGAUCAGCGAGACGCUGCUUGGACCGGCUGCCCUCAGACGAAGUCGCAAAUCCCUGGCUUGCCGGGGGGCCGAUCAGAGUGAAACCACCUCCGGCAGUCCUGCAGACGGAGCCUAACUCUCCAUCCGCAAAUCCUACGGCUGAUAAGUGGAUCAUACAGUAUGCGCUUGCAUCAUUCUUGGGGCUCUUAUCGGCCACUGGAUUACGUGAUGUCGACGUCAAAUAUAAAUACAUCAACAGCAAUCGCAAACAGCUAUCGCAGCAGACUUGGGGCAUUCCUAACCUCUCAUGCAGCGGAGUUAACGUUCCGCGAGUUGUCACAACGCCUCCCACGUCACAUCGCCAGGCGCAGCGCUAA